AUGGAUGCAAUCAAAGAGAAAUAUGAUGCGAAAAAGACCGUCGGAGCGGACGGCGAACCAAAAGUGCGUAAACCCAGAGAGCCAAAACCUCCGAAAGAACCGAAAAAACCGAAGAAAGAACCGAAAGAUGAUGAAGUGGAUGAGGUUCGAUUUGCUUAA